AACAGAAAACUUAAAAGAAAGAGAAUAGACUUGAGAGCCUCAACACAACAGGUUGGUCAUCUUGUUGCUACGAUGAAUGGCCUUUACAAGUUUCUGCUUUUUCAUGUUCUGGCAUUUCUCGGACAAAACGAACUUGGGAGUGCAAUCAUAGGUGGGGAAAAUGCCCCAGAUGGGUCAAUGCUGUACAUGGCCUCAGUGCAGAACCGUAAAGAGCGGCAUUUAUGUGGAGGAUUCCUUGUUUGUAAGGACUUGGUGGUCACUGCUGCGCACUGUGAAGUGACAGAUGAAACAAAAGUUGUUCUUGGCAACCACGAUCUCAGAAAGGUUGAGAAAACAAUUAAAUACAUUGAAAAGAUCAUCAAACACCCAUCCUAUAACAGUGACACAAACGAGAAUGACAUCAUGUUCCUCAAACUGGAUGGGAAUGAUAACAGGUUCAACAAAGGACAUCCAAUUCAACUUUCAACGUCUGAAAUGAACAUCAUGGAAAAAUGCAGUGUUGCAGGAUGGGGUUUGACUGAAAAUAAUACUAAAGUUGACGAGCUGAAGGUGGUGGAUGUGUCCAUCAUCGACUGUGGCGUCGUUAAGAGGGAAUGGUCAGAUCUUCCUGCCAAUGUUAUCUGUGCGGAGAAACGAUUACGUAAGGGUGAUUUCGGUGGUCCCCUGGUGUGCAACGGGAUUGCAGUUGGUGUCGCAACUUUCUGCAAAAAGGUAGACUGUAAAUCCUCAGACGUCUACUCGGAUUUGUCAAAGAGUCUUUCCUGGAUCAAGAGCGUUCUAAAUCAAAAUGGUUGUUAAAUCUUACACAAAGCUUUGUUUCAGCAUACUUUAACUGUAUUUUGGGGGGGGGGGGGGGAGUUGUGUAAGUUUUUUUUACCUGCAAAGAGAAUUGUUUUGGUGCCAAGGAGGUUUAAGCCAGACACAAAGAAAAAUCAAAAAUGGUAAGAAUUGGGAAUCAAAAUAGCAAUUCAAAUACUCUCUAAAUGUGUUUAAGAGUUAUUUCAAAAUUAAAUCAAACAACCGUCAACAAGCAGAACAUCACCUUGAAUAUGAGAUGCUGGCCGGACACUCACCAUGAUUUAUUGAAAUACUGAUAUAGUUCUUUUAAACCCAGUUUUGUUAAUUGGGGUUUUAUUUACUCAAGCAUAAUAUACAUUUUUUAAUCAAAUUGUCAGAUAUA